GGCGGUGAAAGCAGAGCUGUGAUGCAGACAGCGAAUCACAUGAGCAGGGAUCUGUUUACAAACUGAGGGCUGUAGACGAGAAGUGGAGAAGAGAGACGAGGAAGGAGAGAGGAGGAGAGAGAACGUGAGAAGAAAAUACAGGAGAAGAGAGGAGACCCUGGAUCUGGAUAACAUUAGCUUCAUUGUUUCCCUGUGUUAUAUACCUCGCUGUGUUCUUUGUUCAGAGCAGGAAGACAGAAGAGAUGAAACGCUGCUCUCCACUGGAUCACUGAGGCUGCCUGCCUGCCUCUCUGCCUGCCUCUCUGCCCGCCUGGCUGGCUGGCUGGCUGGCUGUGCUGCCGGGAAACCCAUCCAUGUCCUUCCUUUUGUCUCUCCAUAGUUGGACACGGCAGGUUUUUGCAGCCAGAGAGGAGAAAAGCAACAUGGAGAUCUAAGCAAGGAGGACAGAGGAGAGAAAAUAAAGGAAGGAAUAAGAGAAAAGAAGAGGAGGAAGGGAGGGAGAGCCUCGUGACAAUGUUUUGAAGGGGAGGCAAAACAAAAAUCAGGUACUGUGUCUGGCCAGAGGUGUAUCACCAGUGCUGGAUGGGAUUUGGAGUAUAUUUCCUCAUGCUAUAAGUGACAUUGGUAUCUAUUUUAUCUACAAGAGUCACAGGUUCAUCUCCAAGACUGUUGUCUUUGUCUUCCAGUGGCAAAUCAUCACUGCAGACUGAGAUUCACAGGAGCAGCUGGUUGUUUGAGUAAUGUCUUCUUCAGAAACUGGGAGUCUCUAAUCAGAUCUGCUUACUCCAGACCACAAGGAUUUAAGUCACUACACAUCCACGCUACUGUCAAGGUUGAACUGAACCAGUAGUGGAUAUUCAUCUCAAAGCUUGUGCUCUUGUGGAAACCAGACUUUGAGAUAUCUGAGAGGUCACAACCCCAAAGAUUCUGUGUUUGCCAAACGAACAUUUGCACAUUUGAUGCAUCCUGUCCAAUGGUGUAACGGGUGUCUGUGUGAUCUUGGAUUGCAGAACUCCGACCCCUCCUGCAAGAUGACAUCUGAAGAGCUCUUCCACCUGCCGCUCAACGUCUACAUCAUCAUCCUGGGCAUCGGCCUCUUCAUCCUCAUGCUCACACUCAUCUUCUGCUGCUACCUGUUCAGACUCAGGCGACAAGGUGCAAGAGAGCAGUAUGGUUACAAUGAGGUCGUUUUGAAAGGAGCGGGGAAGAAGCUGAGCCUUCUCGGUCAAACAUGUGCGGUGUGUUUAGAGGAGUUUCGCAGCAGGGACGAGCUCGGAGUGUGUCCAUGUUCCCAUGCUUUCCACAAGAAGUGUCUGCUAAAAUGGUUAGAGAUCCGCAGCGUGUGCCCCAUGUGCAACAAGCCCAUUUGUCGCCUGCAGCCCGACCCCCCACAAGCACCUGAGCGGCCACAGAGUCUCCUGGAGGUCUGAGAGAGGGGGACUAUGUCAGUCGACACCUGUCGCUAUGGAGCCUGUUUCACUACCCAACAGAUUUUAGUUUCAGUAAUGCAAAUGUUUUUUUAAGGCAGAGCUACUCUGGAGGUAGAAAUGAUGUACCUGUCUGAGUUAAACCAUACGUAUAAAACACAGAGGUGGUAAUGGUAAUGACUCUUCAUUAAUACUUGAUAUGGCAUUCAUGGCAGCAAAUUAAGGCAAGGCUAGAUACUGUGGUUGUCUUUGGAAGCCCAUUCCUGCCAAUGUGAUGAAAAAAAUAAUGACUUAGUCUGUCAGAGUAAUGACUUAGAGUCUCAAAAGAAUGACUUAGUAUCUCAAAAUAAUGACUUAGUCUCUCAAAAUGACUUAGUAUCUCAAAAUGACUUAGUAUCUCAAAAUAAUGACUUAGUAUCUCAAAAUAAUGACUUAGUAUCUCAGAAUAAUGACUUAGUAUCUCAAAAUAAUGACUUAGUAUCUCAGAAUAAUGACUUAGUAUCUCAAAAUAAUGACUUAGUGUCUCAAAAUGACUUAGUAUCUCACAAUAAUGACUUAGUGUCUCAAAAUAAUGACUUAGUGUCUCAAAAUGAUGACUUAGUAUCUCAAAAUGACUUAGUAUCUCAAAAUAAUGACUUAGUAUCUCAAAAUGAUGACUUAGUAUCUCAAAAUAAUGACUUAGUAUCUCAAAAUAAUGACUUAGUGUCUCAAAAUAAUUACUUAGUAUCUCAAAAUGACUUAGUAUCUCAAAAUAAUGACUUAGUAUCUCAAAAUGAUGACUUAGUAUCUCAAAAUAAUGACUUAGUGUCUCAAAAUGAUGACUUAGUAUCUCAAAAUAAUGACUUAGUAUCUCAAAAUGACUUGGUAUCUCAAAAUAAUGACUUAGUGUCUCAAAAUGAUGACUUAGUAUCUCAAAAUAAUGACUUAGUAUCUCAAAAUAAUGACUUAGUGUCUCAAAAUGAUGACUUAGUAUCUCAAAAUAAUGACUUAGUAUCUCAAAAUGACUUAGUAUCUCAGAAUAAUGACUUAGUAUCUCAGAAUAAUGACUUAGUAUCUCAAAAUAAUGACUUAGUGUCUCAAAAUGACUUAGUAUCUCAGAAUAAUGACUUAGUAUCUCAAAAUGACUUAGUAUCUCAGAAUAAUGACUUAGUAUCUCAAAAUAAUGACUUAGCGUCUCAAAACAUUGACUUGAUAUCUCAAAAUAAUGACUUAGCGUCUCAAAACAUUGACUUGAUAUCUCAAAAUAAUGACUUAGCGUCUCAAAACAUUGACUUGAUAUCUCAAAAUAAUGACUUAGUAUCUCACAAUAAUGACUUAGUAUCUCAAAACUUUGACUAAGUAUCUCACAAUAAUGACUUAGUAUCUCAGAAUGGUGUCAGUAUCUUGUGAGAAAUGUUUUGAAUUUUUUUUUAUUUUACUAUUUUAAGACACUUUGUCACUAUUUUGAUGUAAAUAAUCCAUUAUUUUCUACAAUUCUACAGUGUCAUUUAGCAGACACUUUUAUCCAAAGCGACGUACAUUUGAGAGUUAAUACAACACAAGCAAAGAUGAAGUCAAAAGACAACACAUGAAUAAGUGCCAUUGGUUAAGUCCGUAGGUGCUAUCAGGCCGUGCAGUAGGACAGUGCAAAAAGUGCUUUUUGGUUUUGUUUUUUUAAAGUGUCAUUAUUUUCAAUCAUGAGGAUGUCUCAUCCUGGGGUUCAAUCAUUUUCACAACAUAGCCAGAUUCUUAAGCAAAGUGCCUUAAAGCUGCAGAUCCCCUAAAUGAGAGACUCCACCUGUCUGCAAAGGCUCACAGUGAAGAGGCUUCAUGCAUGUAUGAAAUCCCAGUUUACGUCUCAUUAUAGAUAAGCUAUGUAGGAAAUAGUGAACGAGUGUAGACAAUAGCUGUCUACACAAGACAUAAAUCCUAAACCCCAGGUUUCAAAACGCUCCUACUCAGCUCUUUUGCCUCUGUUGGGUUUUAUAAAUGGGUUUAAGCUAAAUCAUUUGCUUAUCCUGUGGGGAGAUUGUGGUUAGCCACACCCACUGAUUUGAUUAUCUGUUGAGGAGAGACUUUGGGUGAGAAAAAAAUGCUGUGACACCAAGACAACAGCACUCACCAUGGUGACAUCUCCACCAUUAACAUUCUGUCGUGUUGGUCCCUCAGUAUAUGGAGCGUUACUGCUGUUACCCAACUAAAGAGAUUAUUUCUGCCCCCAGAGCAGCUCUGCCAUCAAGAAAUGUUUUUAUGACAAACACCAGUCCGCCCCGUUUUCACUUUUUUCCCAAAAAUGGCAGUGCCACAUGAAUCGGAUGUGUCGUGGUCUUUCACCGCAACUUAAGAGCCUGGAGCUUGGAAACGAAGAAGAUUUAACCACCAGACACAAGCUUUGAAGAAACCCUAAACCGCCUUUGGCUUAUUGCUGGCCCAAAUCUGAUACUGAAUGCUGAGACUGAAAGGAAAGAUGUUCAGUUGUGGGGAAAGAGGACUUUUAACACAACAGGACAAUUGUAAACUAAAAAAGAAUCAGGACUCUGUGUAUUUCAGCUGUAAUCUUUCAUUGGGAAGGUAAUGAAGCCUUAAAUGGCAAGACAGUGAUACAAACAACUAUAUUAUGCCUGUUCACCUACAAUUAUGGGUCAACCAGUAAAUUAGCACAUAUAUAUGGCUUUUAAGUUAUUUCUAAGGAACUGUUUUGUAUCAUAAUUGGCUUGCAGUAAAAAGUAUUGUGUGUCAGUGAUGCUAAAACACUGUCAUUUGUCUAAUAUAGUUGGAUGUCAUUGUUGCCAGUGGGACGGAUAAAAUCCUAGUCUGAGAACAGUUCUGUACUGUGGUGAUAUAAAUAGACACACUGCACUGAUAUGAAGAGCCUGUUUGAGCUGGUUUCUUGUCUGAGUGAGGUGCACCAUAAACAUAAUUCUCUGUAUGUACUAUGUAAAAUAUUAAGAGUACUGUGUAAAUUGUAAAUGCUUUUGAAUUUUCUGACUUUAGAAAAGAAAUAUAUAUAUAACCAGUGUUUUGAUAUGGUCAUUUGGAUCCAAGUCUUUUUUCUAGUUUUGCUACAUGUUGACACUUAAAACUGUUUUGUUUUUUUGUUUUUUUUGCAUGCUAUUGUUAUAAUAUAUGGAAAGGUUAUACUAUUGUGCUGUUGGUGCUCAUAUCUUUGUUUUAGGCCUUUUUGUUGAUCUGACCAAGUGUGUGUGAUAUGAUGUUAGGAUUUCCACCAAUAAGGUGCCAUCUUUGAUAUAUAAAUGUGCAAACAUA